AUGCCUCGCGCUGAACCAAUCAACAAGCUUUCUGAGACUGUCACUGUCGAGGAAGAAUCGUCUUUAGCAUAUCCUCUCACACCCGAGAACACACCAAAGAUGGGGCAAUCAACAACAGACUUCUUCGUGAGUAGCGGCUGCCAAAUUAUCGAGGAUUCCAUGAGUCCGGCUGCUCGUAAGGCAUUCGAGGAAGAGAAUGCGAUAUCCAGGAGGCAUCAAGAGCAAGGAAAGGGACGGAAGCUUUCGAUUCCUUUCAGUCCUACGUCUAAGCAGCGCUCUACACCCUACUUCAGCGACUCUGAUGAGGACGACAAGUAUACUUCCGGCCUGGAGCAUGGAAGUCCAUCUGCUAUGAGAGAGAAGACGCGACCCGCGUCGAAGCCCAACAAGGCUACAAACAGGGGCAGCGUAGCAUUGAAUCAACAGGCAGAUUGGGAUGCUAUGAUGGCGCGGAUAAGGAAGGAUCGGGCCGCAGCGCUGAAGAAUGUGGAAAACAAGUAA